GCCUUCAGCCUAUCGUUUACGUCUUGGUUCUCUUGGUCAGCCUUCUAUCACAUUCACCAUGAAGUUCCAACUUUCUGUCGCUGCCCUAGCCACCGUUGCCUCCGCCGCCUCUGUCGAUUUCAACAAGCGUGACACUCCUCUCAGCAUCAAGCUUGAGAGUGUUGGCAACUCAGAGGUUAAGAUCGCCGUGACCAAUAAUGGCGAGAAGGCCCUGAAUCUUCUAAGCAAGGGUACUUUCCUCGACGAGGUCGCGCCCGUCGAGAAGGUCCAGGUCUACUCUGCUGCGGGCUCCGCCAAGGUCCCCUUCGAGGGUAUCAAGCUCCGUCUGCUGACCAGUGGACUUACUGCUGGGGAUUUUGUUGCCCUCAAGGCCGGAGAGACCAAGGAGGUCACUGUUGAGGCGGCUGCUCUUCACUCGCUCAACGAUGGCGGGGACUUCGAGCUCUUCGCCUCGGGCCUGAUUCCCUACGCCGAGGAAAACUCUACUGAGCUGUCCGGCACUCUCCCAUACGACUCCGAGAAGCUGACCAUCACCGUUGAUGGCGCUCAGGCCGCCCAGGUCACCAAGGCUCUUGACCUGUCGAAGCGCACAUCCGUCAAGUCCAGCUGUACUGGCACCAAGCUUACCGCCAUCCGCACUGCUCUCUCCAACUGCGCCAGUCUCGCUACCUCUGCUGCAUCCGCGGCGUCCGCUGGCACCAAGCUCAGCACCUACUUCAUGUCGACCGCUACCUCCACCAAGAACACUGUCUCGGCUCGUCUCACAGCCGUUGCCCGUGACUGCGGCAGCACCACUGCUACCACCACAACCAACUGCGACGACCAGUACAGCGGCUGCUCGUCCAAUGUUCUGGCUUACACCGUCCCCUCGACCAGCUAUAUCACCUACUGCCCCAUCUUCUUCUCCGGGCUUCCCGCUCUCUCUUCAACCUGCCACGCACAGGACCAGGCCACCACUGUUCUUCAUGAGGAGACCCACGCCAACAGCGUCUACAGCCCGGGAACUGACGACCUUGGCUACGGCUACGCUGCUGCGUCCCAGCUGACUACCGCCCAGGCCCUCAACAACGCCGACUCGUACGCUCUGUACGCCAACGCUGUUCACGUCAACUGCUAGACAUCUCGGCGUGGUCGGAGGUGAUGCCCUGGUGAAUGCUUAUUUCUGUAGAUAUUAUACCUUUAGCAAUGAAUAUAUGUUGGAUGAUUGA